UCUCUCUCUCCCUCUCGGGCUCGCUGACGCGCUGGCGAACCGCAUGCGAAAUCAGAGCCGGUGCUCGAGGCUUUUGUUGGCUUAAUUGGAGCUUCGAGCAUCUGUUGUGCGAAUGAAGAUUUGGGGAUUGCAGAUUCCUCCGAGUAGUAGCUGCGAUCGGGUGCUAAAUGCUUAGCUUGUCGGCGAUUCUGCUCGUGUGACUCCGAUUAAAGACACCUUACACCCCUCGCUGUCAUCCUCUCUCUCUGUUCCGCCUCGUGAAGCUGCCACUAGCUCAAUUUGAGGUCUCCGUCGCAGGUAAUUUCUCUUCCCCUAUUUGCCCUCUUCCCUUCCUCUAAAGACGCCCGCUUGGGCGCGCCCAUUUCGUGAUCUGGGGGAUCCACAUUGCGGGUUAAAGUUCACCUUUUGAAACAAUCUGCAAUUUGAACUGGGUCAUAUCUCAGCUGGGUUAAGCGAGACGGGAAGCAAAAGUUAUGCUGGAAUGGGUGCUGGUUGUAGUUAGAGAACAAACUGUGGAUGAUCUUGAAGCGACCAUGCGGCAGAGACAUCUUGUUUCUGCUACUGCUGGUGGUGGAAAAACAUCGCAGGAUUUGAAAGACCGGUCUGAAGAAAAAUUAGAAGAAUCAUGUCUCUUCUUAUCAGACAAGAGAGUGUUUUUGCUUUGCCUGGCUGUGCGAGUUUUGAAUUCAUUACUUGUACAGACAUAUUUUAACCCAGAUGAGCACUGGCAAGCUCUGGAAGUUGCACACCAUAUUGCAUUUGGCUAUGGACACCUAACAUGGGAAUGGAGAAAGGGUAUACGAAGUUAUCUGCAUCCGAUAGUAUUUGCUGUUCUUUACAAAGUUCUCGCACUACUUGGUCUCGAUAAACCUUGGUUCAUGACGAGGGCUCCAAGGCUGCUCCAGUCAACAUUUUCUGCAGUUGGUGAUCUCUACUUAUAUAAACUUUCUCGCCUUCUUUUUGGCAAUUGUGUCGCUAGAUGGGCAUUAUUUUCUGAGUUGACAAACUGGUUUAUGUUCUUCUGCAUUACGCGGACAUUAUCAAAUAGUUUGGAAACUGUCCUUACAAUCGCGGGGCUAUAUUACUGGCCGUGUUUGAGAGUUUCAUCCAGAAGCGAUGCCUCGUCGACAAGGAUAUGGGGCUUGGUAGUGGCAGCAUUUGCCUGUGUAAUUCGACCAACAAGUGCCAUUAUAUGGAUCUAUGUUGGCCUUCUAGAGCUUUCUUUGGCCCGCGAUAGAAUGAGAUUCAUUUUUUUGGAGGUUCUUCCUGUUGGGGUGCUGGUGCUUGGACUGGCAACUUUACUUGAUCGGCUAGUGUAUGGCUCAUGGGUUUUAGUACCUCUGAACUUUUUCAUGUUCAAUUUUCUUUCUUCCGGCGGCGACUACUAUGGAACACACAAGUGGCACUGGUACUUUACUCAGGGAUUCACAGUGAUGCUGCUUACAUUUUUGCCAUUCUCCUUGGCCGGUGUCAUCAUGUCCAGAAAUUGGAGGCUUUCUGGGCUUAUUGCCUGGGUUUUAGUACUUUAUAGUGUACUUGGUCACAAAGAAUUCAGAUUUGUUCUACCUGUGCUUCCCAUAGCCUUGAUGUUUUCGGGAUUUUCUCUAGCUGCAAUAUCGAGACGCCAUACAGCAGAAGCUUUGAAACAUCAUAGUAAAUACCCCUCAAGAAUGCGAUGGGCCAUCUGUUUCUUGCUUGCAACUAACGUCCCUAUGGCCUUAUACAUGAGCUUAGUUCAUCAGAGAGGAUCUGAGGAUGUGAUGAAUUUUCUUUCAAGAGAAGCUGCAAAAGAUAGAGUGAAAAGUGUCCUUUUCCUUAUGCCCUGCCAUGCCACACCUUACUAUUCAACCCUUCAUCGCGACCUGCCCAUGCGUUUCUUGGACUGCUCCCCAAGUGAAGAGAGGGGUGUUCCAGAUGAGUCGGACCGUUUUAUGAUGGAUCCUGUGGGGUUUGCUGAAGAGCUUGCAAAUGAAUGGUUGCUACCGAGUCACAUAGUGUUGUUCGAAUCAGAAGAAAGAGCGUUGAGGGAAUUUUUGCUGAUGCAUUCUUUCAAAGAGGUCAAGAGAUUCUUCCAUGCUCACUUCAAGGUGGACCGCGACCUCCAAGCAUCAGUGGUUGUCCACGCUUUGACAGCUCAAUCAGAUACGUGAUCAGGCAUUUGUCAUUCAAGUUCUCUGCAAGUCUGUUUUUUGUUUUUCACGUCCCAUUUUGACUUUGCUCAAGAUUUUCAACUGCUUAUUUAGCAUGUAAACACCGAUUAGAAUGCGCUAGCAAUUCCUAGGUUAUGAACUUUGGCAAAUUCUUUACUUUUAGCAUUUGUUUGCCUUUUCAAGUAUUGAAAACUGUGGAAUUGGGAUUAGUCUAUCGGUUGCCCUUGCGAGUUGCGGACUCCUUUUGA